AAAACAUCUGGCAUUUCUGGUUUCAGUUUCUGUUGUGAUCGCAGCUUUGCUUUGUGCGUUUAAUUUUUGCUUCAAACGCGAAAUGAACGUGAAAAUCUAUGUAUCCUCCAAACUGGUAGAGAACUGCUCCUUCUGCCAGUUAUACGGACUGAUUGAGGUGCAACGGGACGAGAUUCGAUUUGUUGUGCUAGAUGACAAACUCCGACCUGGGACUUACUUGGUAGGAGAAAUCUGCAGUGAGUCAGACUACCGCCGGUUGAUGCGACAGACAGAGUCUACUGACAGUCGAGACCUGCUGCUGCUAGAGGAGAACUUUUUGCGUCUCUCGAUCUCCGAUCGGGGGCGAAUAAAACAUGUCACUACUAAGGUGAAGGGUGUUACGAUAGAAACUCUGAACAAGGUAAUGAUCGUUUACGACGAUCGUGGUUUCUCUAAUUUGGCCGAGGGACAACUGCUGGAGGAUGACGAUGAUGACAACGAUCUGCUGCAUCUCGCAAGACUUAUCAAAUCCUCUAAGCCACAUUACAAUUCGAAUUUGCAAGACCUGCUAGGCUGGGCUAUGUCCAGUUCGUCGGCGAAUUUGGUUCUUUUGAUGCUAAGGCCUGUUGUGGCUUUGCUUCGAAUACUUUUCAAAAAGACUGCCUUAUAUUAUCACUGCUCCGAAUGGAAUAAAAGCAUCAAAGUUAAAGGAUUUGAAGGAGCAAGAUGGGCUCUAGUUUUUGACAUAGGAUUUGGUGUGAUUGUGCUCUCAAUGGUGCUAUAUUUUGGGAACCCUGGAGUACACUUUAUAGAAUAUGGCGAGCUUGUGGUAAGUUAUCUGCGAGAGCUUCUGCAAACACUUCGUGGCAGUCCAAUUGGGUUAAAGCUGAAUGCACCGCUUAACGACUUUUUCCUCAGCUGCUUUCUGUACCACGUGGACUUGUGGUGGACGUUUUUGGUGUUAGUUUCCCCUGCGAUAAAGUUCCUUUUUAUACCCCUAUCAAUAUUAGGCCUGUUGGGGCUCUCAUUUCAGUUGGCAAUGCUGUCCGAUUUAAUCAUUUUGAUCAGCCUGCAUGCUCACUGUUUCUACAUUUACGCAGCGGUCUUAUACCGCAUCGAAAUCGGCGGCAUCCGUGCACUGUGUCGAAUAGUACUGGGUAAAAAAAAGAAUGUACUCCGGAAUCGCGUUGAGUCACAUGAGUACAUGAACCGCCAGCUGUUCCUAGCAACCCUGACUUUUGCUGUUCUGCUUUUCCUACUUCCCACCAUUCUGGUUUAUUACGUAGUAUUUGCCACGCUUCGAUUUGCCAUCUACUGCGUAUCGUAUAUACUGAUGACUAUUAGAAGGACAAUACUUCAGUUCCCGUUUGACGCUAUGAUCCGUUGGCUUCGGGGUGCGUACACUGACGUUAACAGUUUGGAAAUCUAUAACAUUGGUUCGAACGCUCAUGAAAACAUCACUGUCAUUUAUGUCGCUCCCAAAGUAAGUGACUGCUUCUGGAAAAGCCACACUGAGCAAUCACAUAAAGGAAACGGUCAAAUUACUGCGAACAGAAAUAAUACGAUCACGAUAGGGCGGUUUUUGAUAAGUCUGGUUCGAGGAGAGAUGGUUGCCUUCAUCCAACCAGAUGAAAGCAAUUAUCGGCAGGAUUUGAAAAUAGAAUGAAUGUCCAGUAUUUAGAA